CCGUACGCUAUCAGUGUUCCGUUGACUUCUGACCGAUGCGAAACGGGAUAAGCGCGUGCGUGAAAGCGGUGUUGCGAGAGAUUUUCUACCAGUGUUUUUGUUAUGUUAUCUUUUUAUUAAAAAUAUCUGUGGUUGGGGCAAAUUUUAGAAGGAAAAAAUAAUCCUAAACCAGCAUUAUAAAAGUGACAAUUCUAAGGAAGCUUGUGACAGUGUUUAGUGCUUCAGAAUGUGGAGUUGUUGAAACAAAAAACCAUGCAGCAUCAUCACCUCAACUACAGUCGAGUGCAGUGUGGAGCAAUUUCGAUUCUAUUGGUGCUUCUGAUCACCUCCCGUGUCUGCUCUUUGCAAGGUGACAAUGUGUGCUAUCGUUACGAGAGCUACACCGAAACGGAAACCAUUCCACGCAAUCAAACGGUACAGGUCCUAACGAGACAGUGGUGUCUGGAAAUUCCCCCAAGGUGUACCUCCUAUCGGACCGAAAUUAAGGAAGUGUUCGUUAAGCAGAACAUCACCAAGACACGCCGCGUGGAGUUCUGUUGCGAAGGGUACCAGGAACGGCGCACCGGAAAUGGAACCACCGGUGAGUGUCGUCCAAUAUGCCGCGGUGGUUGCAUCCAUGGGGAGUGUCAGACACCGAACGUGUGCAGCUGUGAGGCAGGAUUCAGUGGCAAACAUUGCUUGCAGAGAUGCCGUAAUGGGACGUGGGGAGUGAACUGUCGAAAUCGAUGCCACUGUCAGAAUUACUCACUCUGCGACACAAAAACAGGACACUGUCGAUGCAAUGAAGGCUGGAUGGGUAAAUACUGUGAAACUCCUUGUCCUUCUGGAUUUUACGGGACGAUGUGUGUAAGCAAGUGCAAUUGCACCACCAGAUCCUGUCACCCACAGACUGGAACGUGUAUGCCUGAUGACGAGAUAGUAAUGUUUGAUAACAUCAACCGAACGAUAGAGAACAGUUUCUCCUCGGAAAGCACCGAACGGAUAUCAGCGGAGCAGUGGAUCAAAGUCAGUAAUGAAACACUUGCAGCGUUGCUCAGCAGUUCCACGGGGUUGGCUGAUGUUUCUACCACCACCUCUAGCACUACCACUAGUAGUAGCACUUCUGAGAAUAGCACCGCAGCUUCCACUACCUCCUCCUCCACUACCUCCUCUACUACCACUUCAACAACCGAAGCUACUGGACAAAUGCUACCAAACGCGACCUACGCCGAAUCGUACCACGAGUACCUUCCCAACAACACCGAGAUGAGCAUGGUUCUAACAAAAGGUCACUCACGAACUGCCAGCAACGAAAGCAUGUACGAGCUGGUGACGACUACGUCACGCGUCGAGAUCACCUUCAUCGAUACGGCGGUGAAGAAAAUUGAGGAUCCCUCCACGAUCAACCAUACAACGCCGGAGGAGGAGCCCGCUUCUCUGUCAGUCGAAAGCUCCAACGAAACAGACACCCAACUGGUGUACUUGGAAUCGGAGAACCAUCCCGUUCUGGUGGGCAUAACCGAAGAUGGGAGCGUGCAGAGUGAGGCAAAUGAUCGACAGGCGUUCGUCACGAUCUCCUGCUUGCUGAUCACACUCACCCUGCUAAUAUCGGUGGUCAUCUAUAUGAAACGUUUGAAUCGCAAAACACUUGCCAAACCUACCGCUAGUGUGCCAUCGCCGGUGAAGAUUGUUGACGAGAGCGUCCAAACGGGGAAUGAUUCGAACCGCUCGUCGGAUCCACUUCCCGAUCUGCCCCAUGUCACAUACACGCGGGUAAAGCCAAAAUUGCAACGAAACGGUGAUAUUGAACACUAUGACGUUCCGCCGAAUAACAGUUUCAUACAUCGUGCAAAGUCAGCAUCCCCUUACAACUACAACUUCUCGGUCAACCAAAAGCAAGCACCCAGAAAGUAUAGCCUUGAGCAUAUCUACGACGAAAUUCAGUAUCCCCCGUUGGCGGAACUGACGAGCAGUACAGCGUCGCAGUCCGAUAAGCCGACGAUGCAGCCGGGUGAGAAGGAAGACAGUUAUUCCAAACCGAUGAUUCUGGCGUAGGAUAGGGCUAAGUUUGCUUACAUGUGGUUCUUAUGUUGAACUAAAUAAAUGUAUUUUGUUUAACUUUCCAUAAAAUAGGAAUUGUUUGUUACAACGUGAAUAUCGCCCGUCUUCAAUAAUAGCU